UCUGUCUCGUUCUGAACUCUUUCGACUCGACCCUAUCUUCUGCUCUCCUUCGAAACCUCCCGCGGCGAGGCCCGACGCCGUAAUCCCCACCUCGCAAAACCCUAAUCACCCCAUCCAUGGCGUCCAUCAACCUCGGAUGGAUCGGCGACAAUUGGUUUCCGAAGCCCCCGAAGCCCUCCAAACCCCCCUUCUUCGCCUGCAUCGGCAGCCAUAACUUUUCCUUCCCCAAUCCCAAAUCCAACCCCACCGCCUCCUUAUCCUCCUCCUCUGCCCCCGCAGAUACCAAGGAGGCCCCUGGAAAGUACUCCCAGAUGCUGGACCAGUUCUUCUGGGAGUGCGAUCACCGGCCCGACUUCCGCCACACGCCGGAGGUCGAGCGUAUCCUCGCCGACGACACCUGCUUCGACAAGAAGGAAAACCCCACGCCCGAGGAGGUCGAAGAGAACCGGGAAUGGUGGGAGGAGUUCAACGAGAACCCCGUGGUCGAGUUCCUGCGCCGCGCCGAGGUCAUCGCCGACAGGAUCAACGAGCUGGAGCUCGAGAAAAAUAAGCACCCCUACCGGCGAGAGGACCGGGAUCUGUGGAAGAAGCUCCCCCAUGUACCUGGGUUGGACGGGCGGCCGAUGCCGAGGAAGUCGAUAAGGACCAGGAAGGAGUCUGACGACAAGUUCUGGGAUUUCGCCAGGCAGUUCUUCUUUGGGCUGUGGGGUUUCCAGCAGCGUCCGUACCCUCCCGGGCGGCCCAUCGAUGUGGCACAAGCGAUCGGGUAUAAGCGGCUGGAGAAGCGGUACUAUGACUUUAUCAUGAGAAGCGGUGGCUGGUAUUACAAGGACAGGCUAGGACGUACCAGAGGACCAUUAGAGCUUAUAACUCUUAAAACUGCAUGGGCUGCUGGGAUAAUUGAUACACACACAUUUAUCUGGGGCGAAGACAUGGAUGAGUGGGCACCUAUCGGAAUGGUUUAUGGCUUAGAGAAAGCAAUUGCGACUUGGGAAGUCAGACUAGGUGCUGCUGCAACAGCUUUCCUUCACAAACUACAGAAAGGCAUAUCUCCCUGGACUCCUCUAAAGGGAUUUGAAAAGAAGACUUACAAGGAAUUACAAGAAGAGGCUAUUGAGAGCAAAAAACGUGACAUGGCAGUUCUUCAAGCCAACGGUGGCAUAUGGCCUGGUGUAAGAACUCCUAGCCAUGCGAUGUUUCUUUGGGCUAGUGGCUCCGAACUCACUACAAUCUUGGAAAGAGAUCACAUGCCUAACAAAUAUAUUCCCAAAGAGAUGAGGUACCGACUUGCAAAAGUAAUCCCUGGAUUAAGGCCUUGGGAAGUUUUAAGUGUAGAACAGGCCAUGGACCAAAUAACAUACGACGGAGACUGGUACCGUGAACCUCUUGGUUCAUACACCACAGGUCCACCAUAUCUCAAGCAGUGGAAUAGCGAUGUGAAGAGGUUGUUCACAAUCUUCUACAACCUGAGCUACAGAGUGUACAACAAAUUUGUGCGAAGGAUUCCUGGUUUUAUCCAAGUAAUGGAUAAAGUGCAUGCCGACGCAGCCGCACGGGAUGAGCGGCGUCGAGCGAAGAGGGAAGCGCAGAAGAGGGCUGAGACUGAAGCCGCCAUAUAUGGCCGACGAGUCUCAUCCGCGAUCCAUAGCCGAGGCACGGAUGCUGGUGUCAGUCCUUAGGUUUCUUGAAGCAUUUUGAUCCGAGGUGAACAUAACACAGCAAAGACUCUUGAUGACAGACAGAAUUUGCUGUUCCAGGUGUGGGUUAUCAACUCUUUACCUUCUCAGAAUUGCUAUUCUAUCUGUUUGCAAAUUUUUUAUUGGAUACAUACAUUGCAAGUGGUACAACAAUCUCCUCCCAUAAUUUAUGAUAUUAGAUUGACUCAA